AUGAAAGAUAUAUUAUCGAAGAAGUGUAGGUUGGGAAAAUUUGAAACUGUUGCUCUCGCUGAAGGGUGCAUAACAAUGUUGAUGAAUAAAUUACCUCCAAAGUUGAAGGACCCAGGGAGUUUCACUAUCCCAUGUUCCAUUGGAAGUCAUUAUGUUGGUAAGGCGUUAUGUGAUAUAAGAGCAAGUAUAAAUCUAAUGCCUAUGUCUAUUUUUAGGAAGCUAGGAAUUGGGAAAGUAAGACCUACCACAGUAACGUUGCAAUUGGUUGACCGAUCUUAUGCCCAUCCAAAAGGUAAAAUUGACGACGUAUUGGGAAGGGUUGAUAAAUUUAUCUUUCCUGCAGAUUUUCUUAUUUUAGAAUGUGAAGCUGACCAUAAUGUACUAACUGUUCUUGGAAGACCAUUUCUUGCUACUAGUAGGACCCUAAUUGAUGUACAGAAAGACAAGCUAACCAUGGGAGUGAGUGAUCAAGAGAUUACUUUUAAUGUGUUUAAUGCAUUAAAAUGUGCGUAUGAUAAUGAAGAAUGUCACACCAUUGGCUUAAUGUCACACACUGGCUUGAUAGAAGCAGCAGCGGAUGAAUUUGCAAAAUUUUACUACAGCAAUUCUGACAAAAAAGAUGAUUUGAUGGAGCAAUGUGACACAGUAAGUUUUGAAGAGCUUGGUGAAUUUAAAGAAGCCCAGCAAAUAAUGGAUAGGCCAGCGAAGAAAUUUGAAUCCCUGGAUUUAUCAUAA